UCCAAUCACGCAUGUCUCUUCUGAUCAUAUAAUUGAGCAAAAUCGUGUGCAUAUCAAUUUAUAUAUACUAUAUAUAUUAUACGAUUACAUUCACAAAACAAUUGAGGGAUGAGUCAAGCCAGUCUCCAUAUACAAAAAAAAUUCAAUAGUCCAUUAAAUAUAGCCAUAUAAUAUAUAAAUAUAAGAGCUACAAAGUGUGACAUUACUUUCAAAAAAGAAAAUUUGAGUUAAUUUCUUUUUCAGCUUCUUCCUUUCAUUCAGAAGCCAUUUUGAUUUUCUCUCUUUCUUAUUGACCAAAUAUGAAACUAAAAAAUGUGUUACUAUUGGUCUUUCUAUUUGUUGAAUGUGUUUUUUUCAAAGUUGAAUCAAAGUGUGUGAAAGGGUGUGAUAUAGCUUUAGCUUCUUACUAUGUCUUACCUUUAGUUGAACUUCCAAGUGUAAAAAACUUUAUGCAAUCAAAGAUUGUUACAAAUUCUUCUGAUAUUUUAAAUAAAUACAAUAAAGUCUUAGUAACCAAUCAUGGUAAUAUUUUUUCAUUUUUUAGAAUCAAUAUUCCAUUCCCAUGUGAAUGUAUUGGAGGUGAAUUUCUUGGUCAUGUGUUUGAAUACACAGCGAAAGAAGGCGAUACUUAUGAUUUGAUUGCAAAUACUUAUUAUGUAAGUUUAACAACUGUUGAGCUUUUGAAAAAGUUCAAUAGUUAUGAUCCAAAUCAUAUACCUGCUAAGGGUAAGGUUAAUGUCACUGUCAAUUGUUCUUGUGGGAAUAGCCAAGUUUCAAAAGAUUAUGGCUUGUUUAUUACAUAUCCACUUAGAACUGGUGAUACUCUUAAGAAGAUUGCAAAUGAGUCUAAACUUGAUGAAGGGUUGUUACAGAAUUACAAUCCUGGUGUCGAUUUCAGCAAAGAGAGUGGGAUUGUGUUCAUUCCAGGAAGAGAUCAAAAUGGAGAUUAUGUUCCCUUAUAUCCUAGAACAGGUCUUGCUAAGGGCGCAGCGGUUGGUAUAUCUAUAGCAGGAAUAUUCGGGUUUGUAUUAUUUGUUAUCUGUAUAUAUGUUAGAUACAUUAAGAAGAAGGAAGAAGAGAAAGAUAAACUUCCUCGAACUUCUAUGAAGCUUUCAACUCAAGAUGGUAAUGGUAGUGGAGAAUAUGAAACUUCCAGUGGCACUGGUAGUGCUACUGGCCUUACAGGUAUUAUGGUGGCAAAGUCAACAGAGUUUUCAUAUCAAGAACUAGCCAAAGCUACAAAUAACUUCAACUUGGAUCAUAAAAUUGGUCAAGGUGGAUUUGGAGCUGUUUAUUAUGCAGAACUUAGAGGCGAGAAAACAGCAAUUAAGAAGAUGGACGUACAAGCGUCGACAGAAUUUCUUUGUGAGUUGAAGGUCUUAACACAUGUUCAUCACUUGAAUCUGGUACGUUUGAUUGGAUAUUGCGUUGAGGGAUCACUUUUCCUUGUAUACGAACAUAUUGACAAUGGAAACUUGGGUCAUUAUUUGCACGGAAUAGGUAAAGAACCAUUACCAUGGUCAAGUAGAGUUCAGAUUGCUCUAGAUUCAGCAAGAGGCCUUGAAUACAUUCAUGAGCACACUGUGCCUGUGUAUAUCCAUCGAGAUGUAAAAUCAGCAAAUAUAUUGAUAGACAAAAACUUGCGCGGAAAGGUUGCAGAUUUUGGCUUAACCAAACUUAUUGAAGUUGGAAGCUCUACACUUCACACUCGUCUUGUUGGAACUUUCGGAUACAUGCCACCAGAGUAUGCUCAAUAUGGCGAUAUUUCUCCGAAAAUAGAUGUAUAUGCUUUUGGAGUUGUUCUUUUUGAACUUAUUUCUGCAAAGAAUGCUGUUCUAAGGACAGGUGAAACUGUUGCUGAAUCAAAGGGUCUUGUAGCCUUGUUUGGAGAAGCACUUAAUCAAAUUGAUCCUUUAGAAGGUCUUCGCAAACUUGUGGAUCCUAGGCUUAAAGAAAACUAUCUAAUUGAAGAUGUUCUCAAGAUGGCUGAACUUGGGAGAGCAUGUACACGAGACAAUCCGUUACUACGCCCAAGUAUGAGAUCUGCAGUUGUGGCUCUUAUGAGACUUUCACCACCAACCCAAGAUUGUGAUGAUGAUGAUGAUGAUGAUACUUCCUAUGAAAAUCAAACUAUCAUAAAUCUAUUGUCAGUGAGAUGAAGGUUCUCUAUACCCAAUUUAAUGGUGUUUGUUAAAACUUUACAACAAAAGGUUUGUACAUUGUAUAUAAAACAUUGCACUUGGGGAGUUUUUUUACCUAUAAAAUACAAACACUCCUCAGAUUAUGUGUGUCGGACAUGCAUCACUGUCCGACACCAACACAACUUUGACACACAUGAUUACAAAUCGGUGACGAGUCUGUGUUUC